CAUGGACAUACUAUCAACUAACUCUUCAAUUCAUUCUUCAUACAAGUAUCAAUUUAAAACCCAAUUAUUAUUUUCUGAAGAAAAUUAAAUUCAAGAAAAAAAAAAUGGCUUGUUGGUCACCUGAAAAUGCUACCAAGGCAUACAUUAGAACUCUUAAAAUGGAAACAAAAGAAAAGGAACCAAAUGCGGCCGAAUUCAUAUCAGCCCUAGCAGCAGGGAACAAUGCACAAGUAAUGGUUGCAGCAUGUGCCCAAAAAAUGGUUACACCAAAUUUGUUAGCCUUAGUUUCUGCAGCACAUCAAACAGGAGGUCAUGUAACCUGCAUUGUCCCUGGACGCGAAGAAUUACUUUCAUCUAAACGCGCUCUUAAGUCUGAUGCAAAAUAUGUUAAUUUUGUUGUUGGUGAUGCUAAAGAUUUGUUGCUUAAUGAGUACAAAAACGCGGAUUUUUUCCUUGUUGAUUGUAAUCUUAAGGACUAUGAGGGUGUCAUGAGAGGGAUGCACGUGAUGAGAAGAGAGAAAAGUGGUGUGAUUUUGGGUUAUAACGCGUUUUGCAAGGGAUCUUCGUGGCAAUGGAGUGGUCUAAGGACACAUUUGUUGCCUAUUGGUGAUGGUUUGUUGGUUACAAGAUUUGAUGGAAACAAUGGAAGGGAUGUUAUGUGUGAGAAAAGUGUAAAGAAGAGUAAUUGGAUUGUUAAGGUUGAUAAAUGUACUGGUGAAGAACAUGUAUUUAGAGUAAGAUCACCUCAAAGAAAACUAGAAAUUGCUGCUGCUGGUUUAUAGGCUUAAAAUUAAUGUCAUUAUUAGGUUAAAAGUUUUGAUUGAUUUUGAAAGUGGUUGAAUUCCAUUUUUACAAUCUCAUGUGUAGACUUUGCAAGUGUAAAUAUGUAAUGUAAGUAAUUUUAAGCCAAGAUUUGAACCAAUUUUUCGAGCAA